AUGUACUCAAUACCAAAACCAUGUAUAUGGAAAGUUUGCCUUGAAGUACUGCUUAGCUGUGGCUUCAUUUAUGCUUUUAUAUUCGGAUUCAAGUUUCGGAACAAACAAGAAAUGCCUAGCAGCCCGUUUAAACCACAAAUUACGGAUAAUGAUAUUGAUGACUUACUACGGACUUUGGAGCGUUUCGACAAAUUAAUGACGGAGAAUAAUAUCACGUAUAUACUGGAAGGUGGAACUCUGAUUGGAUCCUUCAGGCACCAUGGCCCUAUACCCUGGGAUGACGACGUUGAUGUCCUGGUCAACGCAUCUGAUAGAGAUCGAUUGGCUGAAAUUUUACCCAAAAUGAAGCCUGAUUUUGACUUUUUUACUCCAGUUAAUUAUGCCUGGAAGUUUUAUGACGCAAGAUCCAAACACCUUCCAUACAAACCAUUUAGAUGGCCAUACGUUGAUAUCUUUUUCUGGAAUAACAAUGAAACACACAUGUAUCACGAGAUCUACGUUAGACGUCCACAGUUUACAGCACCGAUAUACAAGAUCUUACCACCUGUUCGGCGGAAGUUUGCACACCUCUCACUUCCUGUGCCCUGUAACCUGAAUAGUGGAUUACAUGCCGUUGAUUUGGAUAUUUGUGAAUCUCCUACAUAUUCCCACAAGGCGGAGAAGUAUAUCCCUUUAAACCAGUACGCCAGUGUUCCGUGCUCGGAACUCGGACAGAAGUACGGGUUUGUGAAGCAUGUUCAGACAUCAGACGGACGGUGGAAUGAGAGUAUGAUAUUCCGUGAGAUGGUGUUAUAUUCCAUCAUCACCCCGAAGUAUUGCUGA